AUGUCGGAGACCCACGACUCAUCUUCUACCGCCUCCAGCUUGGAGAAGGGCCCGCAGCCCCCUCACACUGGCGACGCCGGCGACUCGGAAACCAGUCACUCGGUGGAAGAUGCCAGCCCGACUGCCGCGUCGCCCCCCAAGAAACAGGGAACCAAGGCCUGGUUGGCACUGACUGGUGGUGUUCUGGGCAUGUUCGCCUCCUUUGGCUGGGUCAACUGCGUUGCGGUCUUCCAGGCUGAGUACGAGCUGAACCAGCUGCGUGACUAUUCCAGUUCGCAGGUCUCCUGGAUCUCUUCGGUGCUCUUCUUCUUCAUGCUCGGAUUCUCCCCGGUGGCCGGCCGACUGUACGACGGCCAUGGCCCGCGUCUCCCCAUCGUCAUCGGCACCUUCCUGCACGUCUUCGGCCUCAUGAUGGCCAGCCUGUCCACCAAAUACUACCAGUUCAUCCUCAGCCAGUCCGUGUGCUCUGGACUCGGCACCUCGCUGAUUAUCACUCCGUCCAUGACCGCCCCCAUGACCUACUUCCACGACCGCCGCGCCCUGGCCGGAGGAUUCGCCAUCGCCGGCUCCUCGCUGGGCGGCGUCAUCUUCCCCUUCAUGGUCAACCACCUGCUCUCGUCGAUCGGAUUCGCCUGGACGAUGCGCGCCUGCGCGUUCCUGAUCCUCGGCCUGCUGCUCGUCACCUGCACGCUCAUCUCGUCCAACGCCACCCACAGCCCGAAGGAGUUCAAGCUCAGCCACUACCUGCGGCCGUUGAAGGAGGUGAACUUCUUGCUGAUGUGCAUCGCCAGCUUCUUCAUGUACUGGGGCAUGUUCGUCCCCUACGUGUUCAUGGUAAUCUCCUCCAUCCACUACGGCAUGUCCGUGACGAUGGGCUACAAUCUGAUCCCCAUCCAAAACGGUGUAAGCUUCUUCGGCCGCACCGUCCCCCAGAUCUGGGCCCGCAAGUACGGCCAAUUCAACGUCUUCAUCCUGGCGAUGGUCGCCUCGAUCGUCGUCGUGCUCGCCUCCUGGCUCCCCUCGCGCGGCAACGCCGCCCUCAUCGUCUUCACCAUCCUGUUCGGGUUUGUGUCGGGCACCACCAUCGGCCUGGGCCCCAUGCUCGUCAUGGCGCUGUCCCCGCCCACGGAGAUCGGCUACCGGGUCGGCACGGUGUUCGCGGUGGCCGGGUUGGGGGCGCUGACGAGUCCCCCCAUCGCGGGCGUGUUGAUCACCCGGAAUGGCGGGGACUAUGUGUACGCGGCGGUGUUUAGUGGGGUGGCGUAUGCGGUGUCGACGGUGGUGAUGGUUAUUCUGAGGGUGAGGAUUGGGGGGUGGGGGUUCUUGUCGAAGGUUUAG